CAGAGUCCGACAGGAUAUGCAGAGACACUUGGAAGGCAAAGAUGUUGCGCAUCAGACUACAUCUCCCAGAACACACCGCGACAUUAUAGCUGUGUAUGUGAGGCAAAUGGGAAGAUUUCGGAAUUCGUCUACAGACUUGGAGGACCGCUGGUGGAAAAAAAAUAAUAAUGGCCUAGCAGCACAGCUAGCAGCUAGUGCUUCCUCGUGCGUACGUGCGUGUGAUCUGGGUUAUGAGCAGCAGUAAAACACCUCGCUACAACCGAUACUCCGGGGGAGCCUCCAGCACAUCGUCCAUCCCCAGCAGCCCCUCCACCCCUCCAGCAGAAUCUGGCAGCGGGAGCAGGAUGGAGGCGUCAUUCGGCCCCACCUUUGCCGCGGUGGCUUCUGGGACCAAAGCUGAAGGAUCCAGCACCUACAAACAGCAUAGGAGAACUCCCUCCUCAUCAAGCACUCUAACAUACUCCCCUCGAGAUGACGAUGAUGGAAUGCCUCCUAUCGGCACUCCGCGGAGGUCCGAUUCCGCCAUUUCAGUCCGUUCUCUUCACUCCGAGUCCAACAUGUCUUUGCGCUCCACCUUUUCCCUGCAUGAGGAGGAGGAGGACACGGAGCCGCAGGUGUUUGCCGAGCAGCCCUCGGUAAAACUGUGCUGCCAGCUGUGCUGCAACGUCUUCAAGGACCCCGUCAUCACCACAUGUGGGCACACCUUCUGCAGACGCUGUGCCUUGACUUCAGACAAGUGCCCCGUGGAUGCCGCCAAGCUAACGGUCGUCGUGAACAACAUCGCGGUGGCCGAGCAGAUCGGAGAGCUCUUCAUCCACUGCAAAUACGGCUGCAGGGCCACCGCCGCCGGCGCCGCGGGCGGGGCGGCCGCCUCCCCCUCCACCGUGGCCGGGAAACCUGGAGCCUACGAGGUGGACCCGCUGGGCUGCCCGUUCACCAUCAAGCUGACCACGCGCAAAGAACACGAGGCCAGCUGUGACUACAGGCCUGUGCGGUGUCCCAACAACCCCUCCUGCCCCCCAUUACUCACCAUGAACCUGGAGGCUCACCUCAAAGAAUGCGAGCACAUCAAAUGUCCACACUCCAAAUAUGGCUGUACAUUCAUAGGAAACCAAGAUACAUAUGAAACACACCUAGAGGUGUGUAAAUUUGAGGGCCUUAAGGAGUUUCUGCAGCAGACAGAUGACAGGUUCCACGAGAUGCAGCUCACUCUGGCCCAGAAGGACCAAGACAUCGCUUUCCUGCGCUCCAUGUUGGGCAAGCUCUCCGAGAAGUUGGAUCAGCUGGAGAAAAACCUGGAACUGAAAUUUGACAUGUUGGAUGAAAACCAGAGCAAACUCAGCGAAGACCUGAUGGAGUUCCGCAGAGACGCCUCCAUGCUUAAUGAUGAGUUGUCCCACAUCAAUGCCAGGCUCAACAUGGGAAUCCUGGGCUCUUAUGACCCACAGCAGAUCUUCAAGUGUAAGGGGACGUUUGUGGGCCACCAGGGUCCCGUCUGGUGUCUCUGCGUCUACUCCACUGGAGACCUGCUCUUCUCCGGUUCUUCUGAUAAGACCAUUAAGGUCUGGGACACUUGCACCACCUACAAGUGUCAGAAAACUCUGGAGGGUCAUGACGGCAUUGUCCUGGCUCUGUGUAUCCAGGGAAACCGGCUAUACAGCGGCUCUGCAGACUGCACCAUCAUUGUGUGGGACAUCCAGACCCUGCAGAAAGUCAAUACCAUCCGUGCCCAUGACAACCCCGUGUGCACGCUGGUCUCCUCCCACAACAUGUUGUUCAGUGGCUCCCUCAAGGCCAUAAAGGUGUGGGACAUUGUGGGCACAGAGCUGAAGCUGAAGAAGGAGCUGACCGGUCUGAACCACUGGGUCAGGGCACUUGUGGCCUCCCAGAACCACCUUUACAGUGGCUCAUACCAGACCAUCAAGAUUUGGGACAUCCGCUCUCUGGAGUGCGUCCACGUCCUGCAGACCAGCGGCGGCAGCGUCUACUCCAUCGCCGUCACCAACCACCACAUCGUCUGCGGCACCUACGAGAACCUCAUCCACGUGUGGGACAUCGAGUCCAAGGAGCAGGUGCGGACCCUGACGGGCCACGUGGGUACCGUCUACGCCCUGGCUGUCAUAUCCACCCCAGACCAGACCAAAGUGUUCAGCGCCUCCUACGACCGCUCGCUCAGGGUGUGGAGCAUGGACAACAUGAUCUGCACCCAGACGCUGCUGAGGCACCAGGGCAGCGUGACCGCCCUGGCCGUGUCCAGGGGCCGCCUGUUCUCCGGGGCCGUGGACAGCACCGUCAAGGUUUGGACGUGCUAAACAAACGGACUUCAAGCUUCAAGCCCCCCCCAAAGUCCCGAAGCCUUCCCUUCUCGUUCAUUCGAUUGUGACUCGCUUCACCCCCCAGUGGCCUCAUCAACAGUUUCAGGGCACAACCAGACUAGCUGCCUUACGGUUGCACCUCACAGGACCGACUGGAUGCCGCCCCCCCCUCCUCCCCACCCCUCACCUGGGGUGACCGUUUUCCUCAAAAACACUCCUGUAAUCGCGACGCCUGACGCGUUACGUCUCGAUAAGCCUCCAGCCCCACACUCCCUCCACAUAUUUAGCUUCCCCCCCCCCCCCCCCCCCCUAACCGGCUUUUUACGAGCUAACACUCCCCCGCGGCGGCUCCAAGUCCACCGCAGUCGUCUCCCGGUUCAGGUCUGUGCAAGCAGCCUUCGUAGAACUCCUUUUAUCAAGUCGAAGCCUUUACCGGAACCGAUAGAUCUAUAGAUUUAGAGUUUUUAUAUCAGUGCCAUGCUUUGGGGGGGCCCCGCCCGCUCGGAGCCGCCCGGCUGUCGGACGGCAGCGUGAGGUAAAAACAACGGUGCUGAGCCCGGACACGCGCCCCAAAAAGUCUGCGUGCAUGCACGUGCCUGUUAUUGUGUAUAGGUGAGUGUGUUUAAGUGAGUGCCAUAUAUGUAAAGAAACCGUUUUGUUUAUUUUCGUCUUUUUUUUUUCUUUUUUUUUUCCGCGUCCCUCCUUACUCACCUCUGAGCACGAUGAACACAGCUGUCCGUGUUGCAAUUAACCCCCCAAAAACUCCCCCAGACACAGUCCCGCUUCCCCACGUUAAGUUUGAGGACCCAUAUUGGGUUAAAGAUACGAAACAGGAAAAGCUUCAAACGCAGACGAGCGCCGAUCACACCUGGAUCAGCUCGACUUUUCCCGGUGAUUAUUCAGUUUGAUUUUCUUUUUUCUUUUUUCCCCAUUCCCCAUUUCUGUCUGUAGCCAUGGUAACAAAGGCAGAAGAACGGAGGAGAGGAGAGAAGUGUCUUCACUGGUCACAGUUUAGGUGAUUUCUUGUUUAACUGUAAUCAUGUAAGCUUGAGUUGAUCAUUGAUCAAUAAAACUGUUGUACACUUUGAUCUGAUGCAUCUCAGUCUGAGUUCAUUUUGUCCUUAAUGUGUGUUGUUGAUACAUUUUAUUUAAAUAAAAUUCAGUUCGAUAGUGCCAAAUAGCAUCGACUUUAAA